AUGGACGAAAGAGGUUUCGUCAAAGACGAUAAAGAGUACAGCUCUGUUGACAAGCAGUAUGAAUUUCUCCACAUGUCCCCGAGCAAGUACCACAACCCAGCCUUAGUCAAUGAAGAACAAGAAGUCCUCGACCAACUCUACCGCGGCUGGCUCCACUACUGGAACCACGAAUCGCGGGAAGACCUCAAAAACGGCAUGGUGGGCGCCCGGCGCUUCUACGACUUCGAUGACAUGCUAUCAUACGACAUGUUCGGCAACACGGAGCGCACCAAGUUCAACGAGCACUUCGAGCGCAUCUUCCCGUACUGGAACGACGGCAACAUGGAGUUCAAGGACAUCGAGAUCACCGCCCUGUCCCCGGAGUUCGCGUACUCGACCAUGAUCCAGCACACUUGGGGCACCGCCGGUGGCGUACCUUUCGAUACGGCUUUCCGGCGCACCGGCGUCGCGCGCAAGAAUGAGAAGGGGGAGUGGAGGUGGAUUCAUGAACACUUGAGCUUUCCGACUGAUAUGAAGACCAAACAGGCGGACUUCACGGCCACUUUGGAUCCUGUGAAGGCAACGAAGAUGUCGUAA